CGGCAUCGGAGACCCGCGUUUCAGCGUUUUUCAGCUGAAUUUCACCUGAAGUGUGCGUGUUGCACUGUGCAGUGUAGUGACUAAAUACGGAUUACUGUCGUGCACUGAAUUAAAGGCACCUCACGUUCUGCGCUAGUAAUUUCGGUUCAGAGAUGACGUAGCAAGAAUGCGGUCUGAUUAGAUAAGAUAAGUUAUGACGCGGGCCGCGCUCGGAUACGACGCGAAAAUGUUGCAGGAAUUCCAAUUCACGGAAAUUGUAAGACCGUCGAGAGAUCUGAAUGAAAUGAGAAAUUUAAUUUAAAACUUGAGAUGUAUAAUGUUGCUGCCGGUAAUGAAAACUUCUUCGGCAUAAACUAAGUGCUAUAACGACUUACUGAAGUAGUUCAAAGUGUAGAUAAGUCAAGUGGACAUUUUAUAGUUACAAAACAUUAGUAAAUAGUGAAACUGUGUCUAACUUAAAACAAAUGUUAUUACAAAGUUAGUACUGGAAGUGUGGAGAAGUGAUUAACGGAUAAGUAAUUUUAUUGUUGGUUAGUUGGAUGAUGAAGUGAAGUCAUGGGUUGUCAAUUGGGUAAGCUAGCAGCGUCAGAGAGGCGCGGCGCAGGCGCGUGCACAGGUCCGGCGCUGACGGACGCGCCGCCGCCGGCCACAGACCCUCGGUUGCCACUCACCGCCAAGCAGAAGUACUCCAUGUUGGCCUCAUGGAAAGGCAUCUCAAGGGCAAUGGAGAAGACAGGCAUCUGCAUGUUUAUCAAGUUAUUCGAAGAAAAUCAAGAUCUUCUGCACAUGUUCGAGAAGUUUCGUCAGUACAGGACCAAAGAGGAGCAGAUUAACUCCACGGAGCUUGCGGAGCACGCCAACAAUGUGAUGAACACGUUGGACGAAGGCAUCAAAGGUCUCGACGAUUUGGACAACUUUUUCGCGUACAUACAUCAAGUAGGCGCCAGUCAUAGACGGAUACCUGGAUUCAAAGUUGAAUAUUUUUGGAAAAUCGAAGCGCCAUUUUUAGCAGCCGUGGAAGCCACGCUCGGCGAUCGUUACACACCGAACGUCGAGAAUAUUUAUAAAAUUACGAUUAAGUUUAUCUUAGAGACCCUUAUAGAAGGCUAUGAGAAAGCUGGAGCCCCGGGUAACGCCACGUGAACCAAAGUAUUAUAACGGAAAACAAACCUCGAAUAAAAACAACUAUCAAAUUUUAGAAAAUUUAAUGUGUCAAUUUACUAUAUAAAACAUAUUACCAAUCUAACGAAAAAAGUUACAUCUCUUAAGCGAUGUAAAAAAAGAUGUAACUCUUUACGUUAGACGGUUUGAGACGCUAAUGCGUUUUUUCAAUUAGCUGUUAUGUAUAUUAAAUGUGAAUAAUUUGUGUAUAGUCGAUGUUAAAACUUUUCUUCGCGAUAGUACUUUGUAAACUUCUAUGAGUCGAUGGAAAAUUUACAUUUAUUUGAUGUUACACGUUUAUUAAAUGUCAACUUAAGUCUUGAUAAGUAUUAUUAACAGUAUUAAGAUGAUUCCUUAGUGUUUUAAAGUUUAGUAAAACAUAUAUAUAUUAGUAAUGACGCAAUUGUGGAAUUUGUUUAAUGUAAGACUUCAUUUAUACCAGCAAUAAUUUUUUCAAUCAGUAUUUUUUUGUCAAAACUGUCCACCCCUUUUACAAAGUCUUGUUAAGCACGUGCACAUCUAAAGAAAUAUUAACCAAUGAAUAAUUUAUUAAGUAUUUAAUUUGGAAUGCUAAAAUCAUUGUCAUCUCAAGGGGAAAAUCUUCUUUUGUAAGUCAAAUAGCGAUAACGGUCCGUUAUGUGUACACCCUAAAUAAAUAUUAGUUUGAAAAAGACCCUCAGUGUAGAAAUAAAUGGUGUCCAUUGAGUAAUAGUACAUUUGAAAAGCGGUAAAAUUGUUACGUAAAUUUUUUAAUUUUUACGAAAAUAUUUUAUGCAAAAUUAAUUUAAUUUUAAUUUUUAAUCGUGUAAUAUAUUUCAUUUUGGAUAAUGAUAGGAAUUCCUUUAAUGCAAUUAAUAUUUACCUUUUUUUAUAACUACGCGAAUUUUAGUGAUGUUUAAGACAAGGAAAUAAGACCUCGAUAUCGAUAGAGUGAUUGUAUAAUAUCUCUAUCGACACUUUAUUAGAGGUAUGAAAACAAUGAAAUUCUUCUUACACAACAUAUGACAAAACAUUUCAGUUUGUACCAACAAUCUCCUUUUAUUUACAUAAAGAAUCCUUCAUGAUGAAGACAUGUGUAUAUUUGCGAAAAACAUAAGAAAUGUCACAUCUAAGUUGACGAAAUCCCUUUGAAACCCCAAUACAUGUACAGAUCUCUGACUUUAUUUUGUACAACAAAACAUAUAACAACUAUGUGAGAGGAAUCAGUAAACUUUAUGAAUAUUUGAUCAAAGCUCAGAUGUUCAUUUCUUGUGCUUUAUCCUGGAAACAUAAACUCAGUAGUAAUAGACGACUACUAAAUAAUAAAUAUAUUAACAUAGUCGGUUUCUUAUUAUUAAUAUGACAAAUAGGAUUUAUAUAUAUCUAUAAAGCGUCCAUCAUCUCUAACAACAUUUUUUUGUUAAAUUCAUUUCUUCAAACUUAUCAAAUAUGAACAAAAACGUCAAGUAAAGUCGCAUGGUAUCAAGUGAAUAAGAUUUGGCAAAAAAUUAACCAUCAACGUGGCGCUUUACUAUUCAAAAUGUUAGAUUUUGCUUUAUUUAGCCAUUUCAAUCACUCUACGCUUUCAAACUAUUCGGUCGAUGCGUUUGUUUGAACAAAAAACAGGGUGAAAUUUACGGGUUGAGGUAAACAAAGAUUUACGUCAGGAAAAACAAGUUUUCAGUUCGGCUGUUUGCGUAGGUAACGUUUUUGUUUGAACUGUACGCAGAGAGCUGUUGCGGUCACAAUAAUUUGCAUUAAAAGCUUUCCUUUAUAUAAAAUUUGAUUAUAGAAAAACGGACUAGUUAAAUAGCCGCCGCGCUUCUUGCUCUAAAUUAAUUCUGCCCCUUUUUUAACGGGGGGACGUAAAGAUGAAAAUCACAUAUGCAUAUCAUGUUUCCACUCCUACAUAUAAUACCAAAAACAACUUUAUGAACUUAUACUGACUCAAAAAUAUACACACAAUAAACGAGCACACAAGCAAGCAAUUUAGAUGGAAUACGCGCGCUUCACAGAUCCUAUCUCUUAAAAGUCAAUGUAUAAGUGACACACAUCGUAUUUUCCUUUCAAUUACCCUGAUUACUUUUUAAUGAAAACGCUUUCGUGUCAUAGUUUCACUAUAAUAUGCCAUUAGCUAAUUUAUUGUUACUGCGAGUCUCCACUGUAUUUAUACAUGUAUUACAACAUUGCCAUCCCACACAUUAUCGUAUAAAAAUAGAGAUAGCUAUCAUUUUCUUUCAGAUGUUAUAAACAAAAUUCGUGGUUAUUUAAAUAUAUAGAUAUAUAUAUUAUAUAUGCUUGUAUGUGUAUCCAAUAUAUGUAAACUACGUAAUAGAUAAAAUAAAGACUUCUAAAUAACUCGAAGCUGUAUUUUCAGAAACAUAUAUAUUUAUUAAUAAAAUUGUUACCACUGUUUUUAUCGACUGUACCUUUUUAAAAUUAAAAAAAUGAUUAUUUUAUGUUUAUUAAAUUAUUCAAACUUUCGUGAGACAUUAUACUAAACUGAUAUAUAAAUGUCGUCGUCGUCAGUGAGCGACGGACCGCGUCCGCGAAAUAAUACCAGUACCACUCAUCCUGAUGAAGG